AAAUGGCGCCCUAGUUUAUCGAGUGCGGCAGAAUACUGUAUUUUCUCCCUUCGCCAUCUUGUCGUUCGAUCAUACAGGCGGAAGCAACAUCUUCGGCGGAGCAACAGCGGGUGUGGUUCGGAUUUAACACGGGUGGUUCACCUAGCAGUCCUUUCCUAUUUUCAGCCGAGAGAAAGAAGAAUUUUUUUCCUGACGAGAACAACGGAGGUAACGCUCGACACUGAUCUGCUGUACGGGCUGAGGGCAGACAAGAACAAUGGCUACCCAGUCUGAUUUGAUGGAGUUGGACAUGGCAAUGGGCGACAGUAAGGCUGCAGUCAGCCAGUGGCAGCAACAGUCUUACCUGGAUUCAGGCAUUCAGUCUGGAGUCACCACCACAGCUCCCUCUCUGAGUGGCAAGGGAAACCCUGAUGCCGAGGAGGAGGAUCCAACACUCUAUGACUGGGAGUUCAAUCAGCCCUUCACCCCAGAGACUACAGACAUUGAGGGUUAUGCCAUGACUCGAGCCCAGCGUGUGCGUGCUGCCAUGUUCCCUGAGACCUUGGAGGAGGGCAUCCAGAUUCCACCCACCCAGCUUGAUGCUGCCCACCCCACAGCAGUGCAGCGCUUGGCAGAGCCCUCUCAGAUGCUGAAACAUGCUGUUGUAAAUCUCAUUAACUAUCAGGAUGACGCUGAGCUGGCCACUCGUGCCAUCCCCGAACUUACCAAACUACUUAAUGAUGAAGACCAGGUUGUUGUAAACAAAGCCGCUGUAAUGGUGCAUCAGCUGUCAAAGAAAGAGGCAUCUCGCCAUGCUUUGAUGCGCUCACCGCAAAUGGUUUCAGCAGUGGUUCGUGCCAUGCAGAACACUGGUGAUGUGGAGACUGCUCGCUGCUCUGCAGGCACCUUGCACAAUCUUUCUCACCACCGUGAGGGGCUUCUUGCAAUCUUCAAGUCUGGAGGCAUCCCUGCCCUUGUCAAGAUGCUUGGCUCACCAGUGGACAGUGUGUUGUUCUACGCCAUCACAACCCUCCACAAUCUUCUGUUGCACCAGGAAGGGGCCAAGAUGGCAGUGCGCCUUGCUGGAGGAUUGCAGAAGAUGGUGGCACUGUUGUCUAAUACCAAUGUCAAAUUCCUGGCAAUCACUACUGAUUGCCUGCAGAUCCUGGCCUAUGGCAAUCAGGAGAGCAAGCUGAUCAUUCUGGCCAGUGGGGGUCCUCAGGCUUUGGUUAACAUCAUGAGGACCUUCACAUAUGAGAAGCUGCUGUGGACCACUAGCAGAGUGCUCAAGGUGCUCUCUGUUUGCUCCAGCAACAAGCCUGCCAUCGUAGAAGCUGGAGGUAUGCAGGCCUUGGGGCUCCACCUGACAGACCCCAGCCAACGUCUGGUCCAGAACUGCCUAUGGACUCUGAGGAAUCUUUCAGAUGCUGCCACUAAACAGGAGGGAAUGGAGGGUCUCCUGGGGACCCUGGUCCAGCUGCUGGGCAGUGAUGACAUCAAUGUAGUGACAUGUGCUGCUGGCAUCCUCUCCAACCUGACCUGCAACAACUAUAGUAACAAACUCAUGGUCUGCCAGGUUGGAGGUAUUGAGGCCCUGGUGCGAACAGUCCUUCGGGCCGGCGACAGAGAGGACAUAACAGAGCCGGCUGUAUGCGCUCUGCGUCACCUGACUUCCCGUCACCAGGAUGCUGAAAUGGCCCAGAAUGCUGUGCGUCUCCAUUAUGGCCUGCCUGUGGUGGUCAAACUCCUGCACCCUCCGUCCCAUUGGCCACUCAUCAAGGCCACCGUUGGUCUGAUUCGCAACCUGGCUCUUUGCCCGGCCAACCACAGUGCUCUGCGUGAGCAGGGAGCCAUCCCAAGACUGGUCCAGCUCCUGGUCCGAGCUCACCAGGACACCCAGAGGCGCACUAGCAUGGGAGGCAACCAGCAGCAGUUUGUGGAGGGAGUACGUAUGGAGGAAAUAGUGGAAGGCUGCACAGGUGCCCUGCACAUCCUGGCCAGGGAUGUCCACAACAGAAUUGUUAUCAGAGGUCUUAACACCAUUCCACUCUUUGUCCAGUUGCUGUAUUCUCCAGUUGAGAACAUCCAGCGUGUGGCAGCAGGUGUCCUGUGUGAACUGGCUCAGGACAAGGAAGCUGCAGAGGCAAUCGAGGCUGAAGGAGCCACUGCCCCUCUCACUGAGCUGCUUCAUUCCCGUAAUGAGGGUGUUGCAACCUACGCUGCAGCCGUCCUCUUCCGCAUGUCUGAGGACAAGCCCCAGGAUUAUAAGAAACGUCUGUCAGUGGAGCUGACCAGCUCUUUGUUCAGAACUGAGCCUAUGGCCUGGAAUGAGACUGGAGACCUGGGACUGGAUAUGGGAGCUCAAGGAGACCCUCUGGCUUACAGGCAGGAUGACACAGCCUACCGCGCUUACCCAGCAGCCUACGGCCAGGACACCCUAUUGGACCCCAUGAUGGAAGGCGCUGACUAUCAUGCUGACACUCUGCCAGACCUGGGCCACCACACUGAUCCAUUGCCAGACCUCGGUCACACCCAGGACCUAAUGGACAGCAACCAGCUGGCCUGGUUUGACACCGACCUGUAGGAUUGUUGUAUUCAAGUAGAACCUGCAUUGUGAUCGGCCCGUAUUGUCUGAAACAGCAUUAUAAUUGGCCUGUAGAGUUGUUGAAGGUAUGGAGUGGAAUAAGAGGUCUUGGAAAGUGCCUGAAACACAAAAACAAAGAAGAUGGUUGCCACUGGAAUGUUUAAGCAAGUUGAAACAGGGGAAAGAAGUGGGAUUAAGAAUCAGUAAGAUGUGGAAUCACACAAUGGAGGUCUGGAAGCAGGUUACCUAAAUGGAUGAAUGCACAUGAGGUGGAUCUUAAAAGUUGGAAACACAUAUGUUUUAGCCUUGCCUGUAUUCUUAUCAGUUUUUGUUUCUAUUUUUCUUAUUCUAUUUUUUUAUUUCUUUUUGUAUUACUCAUUCUCUGUUAUGGUACUGACCCAGCUUGCCUUCGCACUAGCCAUCUUCAUUUUAUCUUCAAUUGCUAAUCAUUUGUAAUUUUUUUUUUUAAACGUAUAUUACAUGUAGUGUUAAGUUAUAGUGAUAUUAUACAAUGUUCCUUUGGUUUAUGGCCGAAUGUGUAGAACACUAAUAAUCAGUUGAAUUGUACUCUGACUUAAAGUGUAACAUUGUGUAGUUUUUUUUUUUAUAAUCUCAAAAAUGGAGAAUUAUGCAUUCUUAAUAUGUGCUUGUUUAAGCAUAAAAUAUGUCAGUGUCACAAAUGUUCUAAAGGGGGAUACGGGUGAAAUUGAGGGUGGGUUGGGGAUAAAUCUAGAGACAAGUGUUUUAUAUACAGUAUCACUUGUAGGUUAACUAUUUUGUAUGCUAUCAUUGGAUGUCUGAUAGAAAAGUCUUUAAUGCUAUCACUGGUGGUCUAAUAAAACCCAGUUUUAUGUGCUAUCAACGGUAGCUAGGUCGAUGAACCAGUUGUAGUCCUGCUGUGCUUAUUUUGGAGACGAGGUUAUGACACGGCUGAACAAUAAAAUGGCAUUUUAUUUCA